AAUGCCCCAUUGCUCACGCCCCAUCGCCCUGUCCCUGCCGAGAGCGCCGCGCCACGGUGUAGCGCGGCUCCGAGGGGGACGGGCGUUUUGCCUCUGCCCAGUCCCCGCCGAGAGCAGCGCGGCACGGCUCAGUGGAGCUCCAGGGGCGAUGGGCGUUUUGCCUCCGCCCCGUCGCCCGGGCUCCACCGGGGCUUGAGCCUAUCGCUCUUCCUGCGCCACCCUCUUCCUCCAGCUGGGCUACCUAGCCCCGGAACAGCGGCACCUUCCAUUGGCGGCGUUCCACAGCGCGCUUUUAUCCUGGUGCGCCUGAUAAAUGUGCAUCAUCGGAAAGACGCUGAGGGAAUUAUAUAGUAGGAUGGAUACAAAGAGCACAGAUAGAAUAAGACCAACAGGGCUGUAAGCAACUUGUCUACUUGUAUGAUGCCUGAACUCAGCUGGUCAAGAGAGGGACGUGACUUCUGCAGACUAAUGGAAGUAGCAAGAGUGUGUGAAUAUGAAAAUGCAACUUGUGGUGAUGACUACCUAAUUUGGCUGUCCUUCAAGACACCAUAGACAUAUCUCCUGAGCGAUUUGGAGUCUUACAGGUUAAGGGGAGAGUUGAGACGGUGAACAGGGGGGUGGUUGCUCUGGUUUUACUGCCUCUUGCUUUUGUGGCCCUUGAUAUCUUCUUUACCAGCCAGAAGUCCCACCCGGCAUGAAAAGUCCUUAAAACCAUGACCUGAAAAAUCUGCUUUUUUCCUUCUUGAAAAUUUUGCAACAUUUGGCCAGAUAAAGGCUUCUAGGAAACUUAAAUGCUUGCAACACUAUGUCCUUGGAUUGCUCCUAACAAAUGGUAUUACAUAGACUGUAAAGACAAAGGCUUUUUUGGCUUUCACUUUUGGACCAAUGCAGCUGUACACAAUGUUCUUGAUUGGUGUCAGGAAUGGCAACUGCCCCACUCCCCCAGCCUCUGGAAAGGACAGGGGUGCAGCUGGUGUCAGGGUGGCUGGGCCACUGAUUCAAGCCAUGGUGCAUUCCAGAAAAAACAAGGCCCAAUAAACUUGGCAGCUAUCCUUCCUUUCUCUGGGCAGUUUGUGAAAGAAGAUGUUUUCUAACAGAGCUUCAGUGGGACCCAACAAUUAAAGAAGAUAAUCUCCCGUCAAGUCUACAACUUGUGCAAUGAGCCAUGAUAUUAAAAGAACUGUAAAAGAGUCCAUGUACCAGGAACUGGUAUGUCACACAUCUACAGCAGCCUACAGAUACAAAGAACAGACACCAAAGAGGUUCUGCUCUUUGAUGUAGCUGCAUUAGGCUGCAGGCUGCUGCAAGACAAAUCUGGCUGAUUGGCAGCUGCACCUUCUUAGCUCAGCUGCAGGCACACCUAAUUGAGCAUCUUCAUCACAUAGUCUUUAAAAAUGUCCAUCUCAAAGUUUUGGUUCUUAUUCUGGAGCAACAGCAAUUCCAAACUGGUAGUGCUUAAUCUGGAAAAAUGAUGAUGGUUGGGACAAAUACAGCAACAGCAUUGAGAAGAAGUAAAUCUUUGUGCAUGGCCAAGCUUUACAAAAACGUUUCUCCCAGAAAGAAUGCAAGCGCACAGACAGCACCAUCCUAAACUCUGUUGUUACCCGCAGCCUGACAUGACCUGGUGAUGCAACUGCCUGGCUGUCUCCCCCAGGCGCAUGACCAUCCACAGCGAACUGUAGCCAAAACUGGAAGACCAAAGCCAGGCUGGGACAGAGGAGAGAGCUGAACUCAUAAACUGGGAGGCCAGAUGCCCCACCCUGCCCCAAUCUGCACCUCUAAUUGGCUGGCAAAGUUUCCCCAAACAUAUCACCUAUUAGAAGGCUGCUCAAACCACAAAGCGCCUUUAACGGGGCUAUUAAACUUUAUAGGAACGGGAUCAUUUCUCUUACUCAUUUAAAAUUAAUUAAAACUGUGAAUCUAGGACUUUUGUGAAGGACUUUAGAAAAGUAACCAUAAUGGAAUUAGGGGAGGGAUGAUAGGAGGGCAGACAAAUAAAAGCAUGAGUUUGAAGGGAAAGCCUUUGGUUGGAUAAGGAGACCUGCAGGGACAGGAGGUAGAACAUCCUAGAACCAGACAGUGAAGAAUUGGGCAACUACAGACCCAUUAUGGCAGCAGCCUUCACCGAGAAAGACUGCUAUGUUCAGCAUUUUGACCCAAAAGAAUACCUGGAAACGUAUUUUUCUUUCCAUCCUGAGAAAGAAAAAGGAACUGCCCUUCAAGUUUUUGGCCUCAAAAAUUUUCACAAGGCAUUCCAUUCGGGUGGCAUUAAAGGAGACACCCUGAUUGAUAUUGGAAGUGGACCCACCAUCUACCAGUUCCUCUCUGCCUGCGAGUCCUUCCGAGAGAUCAUCGCCACAGAAUAUACGGACGAAAACCGGGAGGAGCUGCAGCGGUGGCUGAGGAAGGAGCCGGGAGCUUUUGACUGGAGUCCAGUAGUGAAGUACCUCUGCGAGCUGGAAGGGGACAGAGAAAAGUGGGUCCAAAAGGAAGAGAAGGUCCGAAAAGCCAUCAAGCGAGUCCUGAAGUGUGACGUGACCCAGCCCAACCCUUUGGCCCCUCUGUCUCUCCCUCCAGCUGACUGUGUCCUCUCCGCAAGGUGCCUGGAAGCAGCUUGCAAAGACUUGCCCACCUACCGUUCUGCCCUGAAGAACAUCAGCACCCUCGUAAAGCCUGGGGGGCACCUGGUUUUAUUUGUCGUUCUGGAAGCAACUUUCUACAUGGUUGGCCAGCACCGGUUCUCUGGCCUCUACUUGGAUCAGAAAUGUGUAGAGGAAGCCGUGAAAGAGGCUGGCUUUGAUAUCGUGUGGCUGGAGGCGACUAAGUUCAACUUUCCAGCAACUCUGUUUGAUGCUAAGGGGGCGUGUGUGCUGGUUGCCAGAAAACACUGAAGCAGGUGUGGUGGCAGUGGUAAAUGGCUAGAUUAGCACAAGUUCUGAUUUCCAUUUUUAUCAUUAUGCUUACACAAUCCUCCCUCCUUUGGAUGAGAGAGUGUUUGAUGUUUAUAGAGUCUUUGUAAAGUUGGUUUAAGUGGAGGCCCAGAGACACUUCUUCAAGGUAGCAGAAUUUAUUCCUCAUAUAUGCUCAGAGAAAGAUAGGAUUGCCACCUCCAGGUUGGGAAAUUUGGGGUGGAGCCUGUGGAGUUCAGGAUUUGGGGUGGGGACGUGUCUGUAUUGCCCUCCUUGGCUUGUUGUAUGCAUGGCGUUGGAGCUCAGCCUUAAUUGAGCUGAUUUGCCUUUCACGCCCUUGUCUUCUGCCUAGGUAUUUUUCGUGCUUGCAGCUGCAGCUGCUCAAAUGACUUUUUGUAUCUAUGGAACUGCAAUAAACAACGUAUUUUAUG